AUGAGCUCUAGAGAUGCCGUGUUCGUCAUGGACAAAGUGCGCAAACGCGUUGCCGAGGCCUGUGCCUUUUGCCGCCGGAGAAAGAUCAAGUGCAGCGCGGAAAGGCCCUCGUGCGUGGCAUGCAAGACGUACAACAAGAUUUGCAGUUAUGAGGGCGGCCGAGACACCCCGAAUGCCGCCCGCACACGGCAGCCCAAGCUACCCGUCUCCGUGACUGCCUCCAGUCCCACCAACGUGACUGCCGUGUGCGGCCCUGCAGUUACCGAAAACCUCCCACAUGUUAACUCUGGUGGUGAACGGCCGGUCAGCGUUUCUCGCAUCAUCACCGAGAGAGGCAUGUCAAGCUACCACGGCCGGACCAGCACUUUGUUCGACGAAAAUGUCCACUAUGACCGUCCUGUAGCCGAAGCACAGCCCAAAAUGCCAGAACAAUGGAUCGAAAAUGGUCUUGUUGCUGAGGCCACACGUCAGCGUCAACUUGAAGACUUCAAUCUUCGAGGACAAACUCUAGACUUUGAUGGCGUUGAUCCUGACCUUGGCAUGCACUUGCUGAAUUUGCACUGGAAUCGGCAGCAUCAUUCGUUUCUCGUUACCUACCGACCAGCCUUUAUGAGAGAUAUGGCUUGCGGCGGGCCCUAUUUCUCGAAGCUUCUCCUUAAUGCUAUAUACUUUGGGGCUUCUAAGUUCUCCUCGCGACAUAAAGAAGUUCGCAGAGUUACCGGGGACGUGCGAACUGCGGGAUGGCAGUUUCGAAAGCGCGUCCGUCAACUCUUGGGAGAAGCCCUUGAUCGGAGUGAGAUUACCACCAUCCAAGCACUGCUUGUCAUGACGAACUCUCUAUUUGCUCUGGGCGACGAACGAAGUGCAGCUUGGACGUAUGCAGGGAUUGCAUUUCGCAUGGUUGUUGAUCUAGGAUUACAUGUAGACACACUCGACCUCGCAAGUACUUCAAGUCUAUCAAACGAAGACUACGAGAUUCGAAGACGCGUAUUUUGGGCUGCAUUUGAUAUGUUGUCCUCUCUUCCACCUAGCACCUAA